AUUUUAUGUCUGACUAUGCUUACACACCAGCCAGGAACUCUCGCACCGUGCAUCGCACGAGUACAAUACUAGUGUUGUCAAACUUCAAAACGAUUCCAUCUAUGGCCGCCUUAACUCGCUCUAUUCUCUUCGUCUUCUUCCUCGUUCUCAGCAAACCAACACCUUCUUCUUCAAUUCCUCUCCCAUUUAAUAACUUCCAAACCCUUCUCUCCCUUUCUCACACACUCCUAGACCGUGUCGCCAACCACCGCGCCGCCCGCGGCGAUGCUCUGGGUUCGGCUCGGGCACGGUCCCUCGCCCGAAGCAUUGAGCGAGCGCUUGGCCUGGGGUUCUGGAAACUCAUGUGGAAUCUCGGAUGGGACUACGCUCGGAACUACGCUUGGACAGAUGCGACGUCGUUCGAGAUGCUUGGCACCGUCUCGGAUUUGAACGAGUUGCUUAGAGCUUUGGGAGAGUUUAGUCGGGUCGGAUCUGAUGUGGAGAGUCGGGUUGCGUGGGUGAGUCGAAAUUACAGAAAUCUCCUUAAGGUUGCUACCAAUCUUUCUGGUAAACUCCUCAAGGUGUUUCGUCAAUCUGGUCCAUUGAAAGAAGUGAUGGAGACUGUCCAAAAGGAAUUGGUAGAUGGAGACUUGUUGAAGGACUGCUUGGAGUUGGGAGGCAACGAUUUAAAGGGAUUGAUCCAAGUGUUGAAGGAUAUUGCUGUCCAGUUCACUUCGACUUCUACCCGAACAGACUUGUAAUUUCUUGCACACUAUACGUAAUUACGUACCCUUGUAUGUAAUACUAAUCCACUUCUAAUGUUUUGCUUGAAUUCCCAACUAAAUUUUACGCCUUUUGUUUGUUUCAACUGUUUGAGCAUGUUUUCUUAUGUUAGAGUUGAGAAGAUGUGAUUGUAGGGAUCUAUCUUCGCAAUGUAUUUGUGGAAACUAAUACGAAGUAGUUAAUAAUAUUAAUAAGCAAAAAAACAAAAAACAGAACAUUAAAACGUUUUAG